AUGGCUAGUGUCAAGGACAGCGUGAAAGAGCAGCUCUUGGGCAGCACAGAGUCGCCUCAGUUGUCACACCAAUCGCGUUCGAAUUUCGUUCGUCAUGCGCAAAAGGACGAGAAUGGCGACCUGUUCAUGACUCAGGAGGACUUCAUUAAUGCCGUGGCACCCAAGCAGGAAGACUAUCACAAGAUUAAGCGCGAACAAUAUGGUGUCCUGUUCAACGUGGCAGACCGGCGGAGAGCCGGCAAGCUGAACCUCGCCGACUGGGCGACUUUUGAAAACCUCCUUGCGAAGCCCGACGCCGAGUACGAGAUCGCCUUCCGUCUCUUCGACUUCGAUGGAACGGGAACUGUCAAAUUCGACGCCGUGGAGGGAUUAUAUAACCUCAACAAGAGUGCCGAUAGCAUUCCUUUCGAUUGGCACUCAGAAUGGGCCUCGCUGUACGGAGGCCGCUCCAAGAGUCGCCAUGACAUGACCUACCCUCAAUUCGCCCAGAUGCUGCGCGGUCUGCAGGGUGAACGUAUUCGACAGGCUUUCCACACCUUUGAUAAGGACGGCGAUGGCUUUAUCCAACCGGAAGAAUUCCAGCGCAUUAUCCUCGAGACCUCAAAACACAAGCUGUCGGACCAUGUCCUCGAGAACCUUCCCACCCUGUGCAAUAUCUCGACCAGCAACCGUAUUUCCUAUGCCAACGUUCGUGCUUUCCAGAACGUCAUGCGCGAAAUGGAUAUCAUUGACUUGGUUGUGGGCGAGGCUACAAAGAAGAGCAAGGAUGGCAAGAUCACUCGCGCCGACUUCUUGGACGAGGCCGCUCGCGUCACUCGCUUCUCCCAGUUCACCCCCAUGGAGGCCGAUAUUCUGUUCCACUUCGCUGGCCUGGAUGCACCCUCGGGGCGUCUUUCGCAGAAAGACUUUGCAAAGGUCAUUGACGCCUCAUGGCGUAUCCCUGUGAUGGCUGCUGGCCAAAUUGCCUCUGCUGGACAGGAGGUUGCGGAGAAGACCAAGAGCGUGCUCCACAGCGUUUUGGAGUCUGCACACCACUUUGGUCUUGGUAGUAUUGCGGGUGCUUUCGGUGCUUUCAUGGUUUACCCCAUUGACCUGGUCAAGACCCGCCUGCAAAAUCAGCGUUCUAGUCGCCCCGGCGAAAGACUGUACAACAACUCCAUCGAUUGCGCUAGGAAGGUUAUCCGCAAUGAGGGUUUCACCGGUCUGUACUCCGGUGUCAUUCCUCAAUUGAUUGGUGUGGCGCCCGAGAAGGCUAUCAAGCUCACUGUGAACGAUCUCGUUCGCGGCUUCUUCACAGACAAGGAUACUCACAGGAUCAAGUACAUCCAUGAGGUUUUGGCCGGUGGAACUGCAGGUGCUUGUCAAGUUGUCUUCACCAACCCCCUCGAGAUUGUCAAGAUCCGUCUGCAGGUGCAGGGUGAAAUUGCGAAGAACGUGGAGGGUGUCCCUCGCCGCUCAGCCCUGUGGAUUGUCAAGAACCUGGGUCUGAUGGGCCUGUACAAGGGAGCUAGCGCCUGUCUCCUCCGCGAUGUUCCCUUCUCUGCUAUCUACUUCCCCACCUACGCCCACUUGAAGUCCGACUUCUUCGGCGAAACCGCCACCAACAAGCUGGGCGUCCUCCAGCUCCUCACUGCCGGUGCUAUUGCUGGUAUGCCCGCCGCCUACCUGACCACCCCCUGCGACGUCAUCAAAACCCGUCUGCAGGUCGAAGCUCGCAAGGGUGAUACCAAGUACACUGGCCUUCGUCACUGUGCUUCCACCAUCUGGAAAGAGGAGGGUCUGGCUGCCUUCUUCAAGGGUGGACCCGCCCGUAUCAUGCGUUCUUCACCUCAAUUCGGUUUCACCUUGGCCGCCUACGAAGUCCUGCAGAAGGCUCUCCCUAUGCCCGGUGAGGGCGAUGCCAUCACACCCACAGGCCAUGUGGAGCCUGGUGUCGGCGGACAGGGUGCUAAGGCCCCCCUGCCUUAUCUCCGUUCAAGGAACGCUCUCAAGCUCAUCCUUGAUCUUGACCAGAACAUCGGCCGGGUGCAGGUCCCGCGGCCCGAGAACUGGCCCAAGUUCCUCCAGGGCUCACAAAAGUGA